CGAAAUUCGUGUCCCUAGUCAUCUCUAGCUAGACAUGUUCACAACUCAUCUGAGUACUUUUUUAUUUACGACACAUUUUCAAGAAGAAGGGACCACCAAUGGAAAUGAUGCAAGGAGCUUCGUUGCUGUCGCGUCCAGCAGACGAGUUUGGUAACGACGAGCUCGUGGAAGAAAUGUGGGCAUUAAAAGCGAUGGAUCAUGCGGAAGUGUAUUUUAACCUUCUGACAAGUGUGCAUCCUUCAUGUCUGCACCUAACGCCAUAUGAUGACCAAAUUUACCAAGUUUUUCGGCAAGAUUUUCCUGAUCUCAAAAUAGAACUAUUGACCGAUGAUAUUUUGAAGUCUGAAGAUGCAAAAAUUCACUGGCGCUUGUUUGCAGAGAAAUUCAACAAAUUGGAAGAUUAUGCUUACGGAACAUUACUUCGUGCCGAUGCUUCGAAAGAAUUCACUCCAGAAAACUCACUUUUGGUUGUGCGCAUUCAGUUUCUGGCUAUUGAAAUAGCAAGAAAUCGUGAAGGACUUAAUGAUGAAGUGCACCGAAAAUUUCGUCCGCCCCCACGUACGUUAGUUGAAGAAGUAAAUGCCCAACGAAGUGGACAAGUGCAAGAUGCAUAGAUCGUAAAAAAUAUACAAAUACAAAUAUUUUAAUGCUUAAAUACUAAUUAACAUAUCGUCGAUGCUUUUGCAACACCGCCCAUCGACCAUUUUCAAAACCACCUAAAUCGCCGUUGUGGCAAAAAUUGUAUUUGAACUCCAGGAAUCGAGAUUUAUGCAUAAAAAUCGUAAAAUAGUUAUUAAAAUAACAGAUUUUGUAAAAUAAUAGCUAGAGAAGAUACCGCCUAUCAAAGCAAUGCCUUCACAGAAAAUCUGUUUUUUCGCUCCAUAAAAUUUGAGUGCUGUAAAGCUGGAUUUACCUGAGAAGAUUUUCUAGGUGAUUCAACAUUGCUCCAGAAAAAUCGCUAGUGUAAAUGGUGAUUCAAAAAUCGUUUGCCUCAAAAUAAACGGCAAGUCAAAUUUUGCAGCCGAUUAUCGCCUGUCAAAAAAUCGCCUCAUGUAAAGGCAGCUUAAGAUAGGCGGUUUUGAUCGAUGGGCGGUUUUGCAAAAACCUCGACGAUAUUUUCAAAUACAAAUAUAUAUAGUUGUACAUUUUAUAUUUUCAUAAAAAUUCAUACAAAUGUGCUUUAGAUCA